GAUAUGAGUGUUGUCAAGUUGAAGUUUGUAAAUGUAAAACCUGUACAUGUGAAUAAUUUUCAUGAACUUGAGUACUGGAAAAUUAAAUCACAUGCUAUAUACAAUCGGUUAAUCUUACGUGGUCAACAA